UAUAUCCUGAUUCUCACUCAAUUCUUCCUCCAGUAAAUUUCUACAAAUGGAUCAAAAGGCGGUGCGAAGGAACUUGAAGCGGAAGCUGGAACAGGAUUUUGGAGAAGAGAAAGAAGGUCGGAAGGCGCCAAACGUUGUUGAGACUGCAGAGACUAACCAAGAUCUCCCUCGUCAGAUCCGCGCUCAUGUAGAUCUACUCAACUCCACUUUCUCUUCUGCAGAAGCUGAUCGCGCCGCCGCUAAGGCAGCUGCUCAGUUUCUCUCCGAUCUCGCUAAAGACGAGGAACUUGUAGAUUUGAUUGUGGAGUGUGGAGCUGUACCUGCUUUAGUAAGGCAUCUUGAGGAGCCGCCGCCGUCGAGAGAUGGUGACCGUAGUAAAAAACACUACGAGCACGAGGUGGAGAAACGAACUGCAUUCGCACUUGGACUUCUUGCCGCAAAGCCGGAGCAUCAACAACUCAUAGUAGAUGCUGGAGCUCUGCCUUUUUUGGUGAACUUGUUAAAAAGACAUAAGAGUGGCAGUAAAUGUUAUGCAUUGCACGGUGUUAUCAAGAAGGCUGCUGAUGCAAUCACCAACCUUGCUCAUGAGAAUCCUAGCAUUAAAAACUGUGUCAGGAUUGAAGGUGGAAUCCCUCCUCUUGUUGAGUUGCUUGCCUUUCUUGAUACAAAGAUGCAGAGGGCAGCUGCAGGGGCCUUGAGAACCCUUGCCUUUAAGAAUGAUGAGAACAAAAAUCUGAUAGUGGAAUGUAAUGCCUUACCCACUCUUGUCUUAAUGCUUUGCUCUGAGGAUGUUGCAAUACGUUAUGAAGCGGUUGGUGUGAUUGGCAACCUGGUGCAUUCAUCUCCAAAUAUAAAGAAAGAAGUUCUUGCUGCUGGAGCAUUGCAACCUGUUAUUGGACUACUUAACGCCACCUGUUUGGAGACACAAAGAGAAGCAGCUUUGUUGCUUGGUCAAUUUGCUGCAGCUGAUUCUGAUUGCAAGGCGCACAUUGUCCAAAGAGGAGCUCUUGGGCCAUUGAUUGGGAUGCUUAGUUCUUCAGAUGUGCAACUGAAGGAAAUGUCAUCAUUUGCUCUUGGCCGGUUGGCUCAGGACAUACACAACCAAGCUGGCAUUGCCCAAAGUGAUGGAAUUGUGCCGUUGCUUAAGCUUCUAGAUAUGAAAAAUGGAUCUCUGCAACACAAUGCUGCAUUUACUCUAUAUGGUCUUGCUGAUAAUGAGGAUACUGUGCCAGAUCUUAUCAGGACUGGAAUUGUUCAGAAGCUCCAAGAGGGAGAGUUCACUUUUCAGCAAACUAAAGAUUGUGUCGCAAGGACAUUUAAAAGAUUGGAGGAGAAGAUUCAAGGACGAGUAUUGUAUCGCCUCUUAUAUCUGAUGCGAGUUUCAGACAAGGUUGUUCAAAGACGAAUUGCUUUGACGCUUGCUCAUCUCUGUGCCCCUCAUGAUCAAAAGACCAUUUUUAUUGAUAAUAAUGGGUUGGAGCUGCUGCUGGGGCUCAUUGAAUCUGCAAGCUUGGAGCAGCAAAAAGAUGGUUCAAUUGCAUUAUACAAGUUGGCUACUAAAGCCACUUCACUCUUGCCCAUGGACACAGCUCCUCAGUCACCAAUUCCACAGGUCUAUUUGGGUGAACAGUACGUAAAUAAUCCUACAUUAUCUGAUGUUACAUUCUUAGUUGAAGGUAAGCGGUUCUAUGCUCACAGAAUUUGUCUACUUGCUUCCUCUGACGCAUUCCGUGCAAUGUUUGAUGGUGGAUACCGGGAGAGAGAUGCUAAAGCUGUGGAAAUUCCGAACAUUAGAUGGGAGGUUUUUGAGUUGAUGAUGAGGUUUAUAUACACAGGAUCAGUAGACGUGAACAUUGAUGUUGCUCAGGACCUCCUCAGGGCUGCUGAUCAAUAUCUUUUGAAUGGCCUUAAGCGGCUCUGUGAAUGUACCAUUGCACAGGAUAUUACUGUUGAAAAUGUUUCACUUAUGUAUGAGUUGGCAGAUGCCUUCAACGCCAUGACUUUAAGGGAAGCAUGCAUUCUUUUCAUAUUGAACCAAUUUGAAAGAUUGAGUACAAAGCCAUGGUAUUCAUGUUUGAUCCGUCGUAUCAUACCAGAUAUGCGCAAUUACUUAACAAAAGCACUCACAAGCCGGUCCACGCUGAGCUGAAGCAACUGUUAAUAUUUCAGCCAAAAUUUUGACGUUCGAGUUGGACCAUCAUGAAGUUGGUGGAGCAUGUAUAGCUAAUUAGAGCUUAGAUCACUGUCUUUUGGCUGAGCUAGGAAGAUUUGUUUUCUUAGUUGUAUUGUGUAAAGAACACUAGAUAAAAAAAAAUCAUGUUAUGUAAUAUGUACAUUGCUAGAUUUUUCACUAUAAUGCCUUAAUUUUAGUUGAUUCUUAAAUGUUGCUCUAAAAUUUUAUUUUCAAGAAUACAAAUGUUAUUACCAG